AUGUCGAGUAAUAGACCUCUCGCAUCGCCUCGUCCGAGNGGCAUCCUCAAAAAUGCUUCGUACCACCGCGACUCGUACGAUGCCAGGCAGAGCGCUUCCUUGGACAUACAGAAAGAGCAGGAAGACCAGGAUGAAACUUCCCCCUUGAUAAGACCACGAUCCGAGAGUCUCGAGUCUCCCCUCACUAUUUCUGAUAUGCCUUCUCCCGAGGACUCGGAGAACUGGAACAAUGUCAACACCGAAGAAACAAAAAGCCAAUGGUACCUGAUCCUCUUGACUUUGUCCAUUGGUGGCCUCCAGAUUGCCUGCUUAGGCAUCAGCAAGUCUCUCCUCGCCUUCGUUUGGAUUGCUGGCCCGUUGUCUGGUACACUGGUCCAGCCGUAUGUCGGCAUCAAGAGCGAUAGGUGCCGCUCGCCGUGGGGAAAGAGACGCCCCUUUAUCAUUGGUGGUGCUCUUGCGACCAUGAUCUCUCUCGUACUAUUGGCAUGGACCAAAGAGAUUGUGCGAAACUUCUUUGGCCUCUUCAAAGUUGGUGCCGAAUCCCAAACUGUUCACGUCGUCUCAAUCGUGUGGGCUGUAAGCUUCAUCUACAUUCUUGAUUUCUCCAUCAACACCAUCCAAGCUGCCAUUCGCGCUUUCAUAGUAGACAAUGCACCGACUCAUCAGCAAAACGAUGCUAAUGCAUGGGCUUCCCGUAUGUCCGGAUUCGGCAAUAUCCUAGGUUAUCUUUCUGGCUACGUCAAUUUGCCCAAGUACCUUGGCUUCUUUGGAAACACGCAGUUCAAGGUCCUCUGUGUCAUCGCAGUUUUGGCCUUGUCCAUCACGGUCGGCAUUUCCUGUAUCAGCAUCAAGGAGCGCGAUCCCAGACUCGAGGGAAUCCCGCCACCACAGAAGGGAGGCGUUUUGUCNUUUUUCGUCGAGCUGUAUCGCUCUAUGAAGCGUCUACCUCCGCAAGUCCGAAAAGUCUGCGCUGUUCAAUUCUUCGCCUGGAUCGGCUGGUUCCCUUUCCUGUUCUAUAUCACCACUUACAUUGGCGAGAUCUAUGUUGAGCCAUACUUCACCGAAAACCCUCACAUGUCACCCAAGGAGAUUGAUGCCACCUGGGAACGUGCAACUCGCAUCGGCACCUUUGCAUUAUUGAUAUUCGCCUUCACAAACCUGGCUGCUGCAGUCGUUCUGCCCUUGUUGAUCGCUCCUGGGUUUGAGCCUCCAUCGCCUCAACCUCACACUCCACUCACGCCUCGCGCUUUCACCCCUACUACACCUCGUUCCAUGACUGGCAGCGAUUACUUUGCCUACACUCCGACACACUCUACAAGCAAGCUCAAUCUGUCAGCGCCUAGCCGUUGGGAGCGAAUCAAGAGCCGCAUGCCAUCUGUUCAGAUGAGUGCCUUCACGCUUCGGCGUGCCUGGAUCCUGUCGCAUCUGCUGUUUGCUGGUGCUACUUUCUUGACCUUCUUCGUCCAUGACACAACUACUGCUACUGUGCUUGUUGCCUUCAUCGGUAUCCCCUGGGCUUUGAGCAAUUGGGCUCCUUUCGCGCUUAUUGCUGCUGAGAUCUCGAAGCGAGAAGCCAUUCGUCGUAAUGAGAUUCCCGCUCCAGCCACUGCUGAGGGUCGAGCUCUGGCCAACGGAGAUGAUCCCGCCCAAGGUGCAGAUCAAGCUGGAGUCAUCCUGGGUAUUCACAACGUUGCUAUUGCUGCACCUCAGGUCAUUGCGACCCUUGUAUCGAGUGCGAUUUUCAAGCUACUGCAAAAGCCUCGUGGUACGCCUGGAGAUGACAGUGUUGCCUGGGUCUUGAGAUUCGGUGGUCUUGCUGCGCUUGUCGCCGCUUUCUUGACCACACGUAUUGCAGAAGAAGGCGAGGAAGAGGAACAGCUGUAG